UCAGUAAAAUUGAGAAUAAUCCGGUUUCUGACUACUGCAAUUUGCAUCACAACAAGAAAAAAGGGCUCAUCACAACAAGAAAAGAAGGCCUGGCCCAGCCAGCAGAUAGCAACCAGAGCAACAGAAGAAGGCCCAGCCAGCCCGCCAUAAAGCUGCGAAACAUCAGGCCCGCCGAAAAUCCCUCAAAGAAAAAAAAAAGAACAAUCAGGCCUGCCGAGAAAAGUCCGAACGCCUCUCUUCUUUCUUCUACCCCAAGACGAACUCGGUGAACUCUUUCCGGUUCGUUCCUCUCCCUGCCUAUAUACGCCCGUUUCUCUCUCCUCGCGCAACAUCGGACAACCACACAAGCGAGGAAUCUAGUCCAGUCCCGGCGGCAAUGGAGUGCGUUUUGGGCGUGGUUGGCCGCGACUUCGCGGUGGUGGCGGCCGACACCUCCGCCGUGCAGAGCAUCCUCGUCCACAAGACCGACGAGGACAAGGUGAUGGUCCUCGACUCGCACAAGCUGAUGGGCGCUUCAGGGGAGCCUGGUGACCGGGUGCAAUUUACGGAGUUCAUACAGAAGAACCUCCACCUGUACCAGUUCCGCAACACCAUCCCGCUCUCAACCGCCGCCGCCGCCAACUUCACUCGCGGCGAGCUCGCCACAGCCCUUCGCAAGAAUCCAUAUAUGGUCAAUAUUAUUCUUGGUGGUUAUGAUAAGGAUGUUGGUGCUUCCCUGUACUACAUUGACUACAUUGCAACCUUGCACAAGAUUGACAAGGGCGCUUUUGGGUACGGAUCAUAUUUCUGCUUGUCUCUGAUGGACAAGUUGUACCGCCCGGACAUGACUGUUGAGGAAGCAGUAGAUCUUGUUGACAAGUGCAUUAAGGAGAUUCGGCUGCGACUGGUUGUCGCGCCCCAGAACUUCGUGAUCAAAAUUGUCGACAAGGACGGGGCGAGGGAGUACGCAAGGCGUGAACUCGUCGGCGACAAUGCACCUGUUGAUGCUGCAAUCACAGUUGCUGCCUGAGGCAUGAACUUGUUGGAAGUUAGACUGUGUUAAUUGUGUUUUCUCAGCGAGGCUACUUAUGUAAUCACAGGAUACUGGUGGGGGUCCCACAACUGUUUUAUCAAUUUGAGCCCAGACGUGUGUAUUUCUGUUUCUGCACUAUUCAUGUCUUUGCUGAGUACAAGUUUACAACUAGUGUUUAA